UCUCACCCUGGGGUGCUCUGUCCUGCCGGCCCUGGGACUCCCCAGCUCUGCACCCUGGGGGUCAUGGGAGGCAGCCCCAGCUGGACCCUCACUGCCCUUCUCUGCCUGGGGCUGUGUUGGGGGCUGUGGGACCAGGUCCAGGCAGGGACCCUCCCCAAACCCUCCAUCUGGGCAGAGCCAGGCGCCAUGGUCCCUAAGGGGAGCCGGGUGACCCUGUGGUGUGAGGGGUCCCUGCAGGCUGGUGGCCUCCGUCUGUAUAAAGGGAACGUCUCUGUGGACUGGGAGAAUGACAUCCUGCAGGAAUCCUCAAACAAGACCGGGUUCGUCUUUGAGCCUGUAGCCUCACAUUAUGGGGGGAUGUACCGGUGUGGCCCCCUCAACCCCAGCUCCUCCUCAGAGCUCAGUGAGCCCCUGGCCCUGAUGGUGACAGGAGUGUUCCCCCCACCCUCCCUCUCAGCCCAGCGGAGCCCUGUGGUGGAGGCAGGAGGGAGGGUGACCCUCUCCUGCAGCUCAGAGACAGCAUCGGGCACUUUCCACCUUCUGAAGGAGGAUGGCGCUGACCCGCCCCUCCACAUGGAACAGAGACCCUCUUUUGAGAGACCCCAGGUCCUCUUCCCUGUGGGCCCUGUGAACGCCUCCCACGGGGGCACCUACAGGUGCUACGGCUCCUCCAGCUCCUACCCCCAGCAGUGGUCAGAGCCCAGCGACCCCCUGCAUCUCGAGGUCACAGGGGUGAUGGAGGCGCCCUCCCUGGUGGCCCAGCCAGGCCAGCUGGUGCUGACUGGGGACAGCCUGACCCUGCAGUGUCGCUCCCAGUUCAGCUUCGACACAUUCUCCCUGACCAGGGAAGAAGGUCCCUGGGGCCCAGAGCGGCUGGAUGGGCAGCACAGCCCUGACUUCCCCCUGGGCCCCAUCAACAGCUCCCAUGGGGGCCGGUACCGGUGUCUCGGGAGACACAGCCUGGCCCACGUGUGGUCAACCCCUAGUGAGCCCCUGGACCUCCUGGUGGUGGGUGCACACAGCAGGCCCACGCUGUCAGCCCUGCCGGGACCCCGGGUGCCCUGGAGAGGGAACGUGACCCUGCAGUGCCGCUCUGACACCCCUGCUGACACCUUCCGGCUGUCCAAGGAGGGGUCCCCUGCUCCCCCGCAGCUCCUGAAGCUGAGGGACUCAGCUUCCCCCUCUCAGGCUAACUUCACCUUCAGUGUCGUGACCCAGGAACAGGGGGGCAGCUACAGGUGUUACAGCUCCCUCAGCCUUGUCCCCCACCUGCUGUCCCUCCCCAGUGCCCCCCUGCAGCUCCUGGUCUCAGCCCCAUCAGACCACAUGGUGGAGAACGCCGUCCGCAUGGCCGUGGCCGCCUUGGUCCUGGUGGUGCUCGGGGUCCUGCUGUUCCAGGCUCGAUUCACCAGCCAUGAAGAGCCUAGGACGCAGCUGUGAGGGGGCCCGAGGGAUGACUGAUUCUGGGGACUGUGCACUUGCCCUGCACCUAACCCACCUGCACCCACCCAGGGACUUUGGAUGGACUCUCCCCAGGAUGCCUUUGCUUCCCUGACCCUGGUGCUCCCUAGGAUCCCACCACGGGACAGUCCUGCACUGAGCCAUGAGUGUGGCUGCCAAUGCCUCGUGUUCAGAAGGUUCUGGAAGAUCAUUUGGGUCCCAAAUCCUGGGAACUGUCACUGAGAACACGGAGCAGUCAGGCUGUUGGCAUGGGGAAACAUGGGCUGUGGGAGAUCUGGAUUAAACCGGUUCUUCCCUCCCACA